CAGAUAUCUAAUAUACUGCUAUAAUAAUUUAGGUGUGUAUUUAGUGUGUACAUAUUAUAUUUAUUGUGGAAUUGUAAUUUGUAACAGUUUAUCAACGUUUUAUAUUCUAAGUGGAUUAAUGAAACAUUGUUUAUCCCUUUUAUUGAACAAAAUUCUACAUAUAAGUGUGUUUUACUAGUAUUAUGAACUAUGGAUUGUCCACAUUUAUUAGGUAACUUAGAUUCAAACAAUAUACAAAACAUUGUAGACAUCGUGACUUCAAAGGGAUUUGAAUGUUCAGAAUGCAGCGAAACCAAGCAGAAUUGGCUGUGUCUAAAGUGUGGUGUUGUGAGCUGUGGCAGAUAUGUAAAUGGCCAUGCAAAAUAUCACUCGGAAAGUUUUGACCAUCAAAUAUGUAUGAGCUGUGAUGUAUACUCAGUUUACUGCUAUAAGUGUGAUGAAUAUGUUGCAAAUGAUAGUGAAGAGCAAAUUAUUAAUAAAAUAAGACAAUGUAUUAUGCCUAUAAACAAUAAAGGAAAUCCAAUAAAUAAAAAUGAAACUACUGAACACAAUACUAUAACUGAAUCUGCCCAAACUGAAACAUUGGUUUUAAAAAGUAGUGGAGAUCCAAGUGAAGACUCAAACCUAGAUAUCUCAAGUGUAGUAAAUGCUUCUAUAGAUUCAGUUGAAACCUCUGAAGAUCAGGAUGACAGGUUGUCCAAGAAUCCUGAAGAAACAAUAAGAAGUCUGCGUCCAAGGUCUAGAAAACGAUCACACUCAGAUGAUAACGCAACAGAUGCCAUACAGUCAAAUAGUAAAGAAAAAAGGUUAUCUUCCACGAAUGGAAAAAAUCAUAAAGAAAAGAGAAUAGUUGGCUUAAAGAAUUUGGGGAAUACUUGCUUUAUGAAUGCCGUCCUGCAGAGUUUAAAUAAUAUACAAGAGUUUAGUUGUUACUUUAGUCAGUUACCAUCUCUGGAAGUUAAGACAAAUGGUAGGAAGAUUUACCAUUCCCGAAGUUAUUCUCGUCAAGAAAUGCAUGAUGUUGUCAUGGCUGAGGAACUUAGAAAGGUGUUGAUUAAUUUAAACAAUGGCGGGUGCAGUUCAAAAGGAGCGAUUUCUCCUGAGUGCCUAUUCUUAGUGAUAUGGAAAGUGGUGCCAAGGUUUCGUGGAUAUCAACAACAAGAUGCUCACGAGUUCCUUAGAUAUAUGCUUGAUCGGCUUCAUACGGAAUUGCUACAACUACUUCCACCCGAAAAGGCGGAAGGGGGCUUUGUACCACGUGUUCCUUCCACGUCCAUAGUUACAGCUGUCUUUGGAGGGACUCUGCAGAGUCAGGUGUGCUGCCUCGUCUGUGGGACGGAGAGUAAAAAGUUCGACCCGUUCCUGGAUCUAUCUUUAGACCUACCAGAGUGUGGAAGACACGACGCCCCUGUAACCUUAACCGACUGCUUAGCGAGCUUUGUGCAGGUGGAAGAGUUAGCGGAUACAGAACGUUACUUCUGCAGCAGCUGUAAAUCCAAACAAAAGUCCACCAAACAGUUCUGGAUUCGGCGCCUUCCCAACGUACUUUGUUUGCAUCUCAAAAGAUUUCGAUGGCACAAUUAUUUCAGGACGAAAGUGGACACGGCGAUAUCUUUUCCCCUAAAUUCCCUGGACAUGUCCCGUUUCGUGUUGGCGAAUGUCCCGGACACGCGUCGUUCGGGGCGCGGGAACUAUCUUUAUGACCUCGCCGCUGUCAUAGUACAUCAUGGCUCGGGCGCUGGCUCGGGCCAUUACACGGCGUUUGCUAUCAACGAGGAGCAAUGGUUCCAUUUCAACGACCAAACCGUGAGGCCGACAGAUGCCAACGUGGUUGCCUCUUGUAAGCCCUACAUCAUGUUCUACAUUCGCCGUGAAUUUUCCCUCCCUUCGACCACUUGACCGAAUAAACGGACUUUUGAAUUAUUCUGACACUUUGUUUCCGUCAGAUUUGUGCCUAUUUAUGCCCCAAUGUUUGGGUUAGAAAAUUUGUGUCUGAGUGUAUGUUUUUGAUUGAAUAAUUUUUCGGGUCGUUCCGUUGUAUUGUAUAAGGAAAGGAGUGCUUUUGAAUCAAGAAAUAUUACAUAAAGAAUUAACUAUGAUUAUAUUUUUACGGAUUUAAUUAGCUUGAUUACAGGUAAAAAAUAUAUAUUAAAAAACGCAUUUUAUAUAAAUAAUAAGUUAACUUUAUCGAAUCAAGUACCGUACGCGAUUUUCAGCCGUUUUUUUAGAGAAAACUUUUCUACAGUGUCUACAUAUGAACUCGUAUUUCCUUUAAAAUAAAUUUAAAUUUUAUCUAUCAAUUAAAGCUAGUAAAUAAAUACUUUUUAAAAUUAAAGUGAUUUAUCGCAAUUAAUUUUGGUAAAGUGUUCUUUUUAUUGAAAUAAAAUAAAUGUAAACAGUUAAAUUUACUCGUUUAAAAAGUUUAUCUCAAUUCCCCCCCCCCCCACCGAUAUAAAUAUUUAUUGCUUAAGGGAAAAAAAUACGCAUUUCGAUCAGGUAACACUGUAAGCUAUACUAGCUUCGUUUUAAAGUAGAUGUAAGUUUAGGUAUAAGCUUAGGAAGAUCUCGUAUACAAGUCUAAGAAUUCCACACUUCAACAUCAUUUUAAAAACAGUUAAAAUCAUUAGAAAGUACUGUUAAGAAAAGGGCUGAAUAAGGUUAAAAAGUGAUGACUGAUUUAGUUUUGUGAUUUAAUUGUAAAAUUUAGUCUUUAUUAUUCCAUCUAUUAGCAACAAAAAUCGUUAGAAUGAAGAAAGGGCCUGAAGUUCAAAUUCGCGAUUUAUUUUUAUGAUUUAUGUGUAGAAUUUAGUAUUUUAUUACUUCACCUAUUUAUAUAGUGGCAACAUCGCAAAUUAACGUAAUUUUGAUACAAACAUGCAUUUAUUUAUGUCCAUAUUGGGACAUUAAACAUUCCCAUUUUUUCUCACCGCCUUGAUUAGUCAUAUCAGCGAUAUUGUUUCGACUUGGAUCACUUUAAAACUAGACGACUUAAUAAAUGCUGUACAAUACAUGUAUGAGUAAAUCUUUUGAUAUCGCCCUUUUGUCAAUAACUAGAAAUAGAAUAAAUUCGAAAUUAUG